AUGCGCCAGACUUUCGCGCUAGUUAUCGGUAUCAAUAAAUAUGAAUGGUCACCAAACGAAAAUUUACAGGGUGCCGUUGCCGACGCCAAAAACUUUAGGAGUUAUCUCUUGCAGGAGCGGAAGGUCCCAGAGGCCAAUAUCACUUUCCUUCGCGAUGAGCAGGCAACGCGAUCAGCCAUCAUCGAAAAUUUUAGGAAUCUUGAGCGAAACGAGAAGAUCAUCCCAGGCGAGGCAGCGAUCAUUAUAUAUUUCGCCGGGCAUGGGGCUGUAGCUCACAAACCACGCACGUGGGAAAACUGGGAGACUCCCAACGGAAAUGUCGAGAUGCUGUGUCCUGCCGAUAUCAAUCUCCCACUGGACAAAGAUGGAAAAAAGAUUGAAGGGAUCCCCGAUCGAACAGUUAGCCGCCUCCUCCUAGAUCUAUCAAACGCGAAAGGUAACAACAUUACUUUGAUACUCGACUGUUGCCAUGCUGCUGGGAUGAAUCGUGGAGGCGACGAUCCAGGGUCGCGCAUCCGAAGCUUUGGAGACACCCAAGACCUGUCGCCGACUUGCGACAACGAUAUCUACUUACGUGGACCUCAGAUCAUAUCAGACCAGGACCGAGGCACAGCAGGUUUUUCAAGUUCAUUUUGGGGAUCGCACAUUCUACUGGCUGCCUGUGGACACAACCAGGCUGCACGGGAGAAAGACAAGAAAGGCAUCUUCACGACUACUUUACUCAGUGCACUGAGAGAAUUGGCCUCAGGCGAUCCUCCGCCGACCUACGACUCAUUGAUGAAGGGUCUUCGUAUGCCAGAUAAUAACCAGACACCACACUUGGAUGGGAAGCAUGUCCAUCGAUUCAUAUUUGACAGUCGGAAAGACCCCGCUGGUAGCUCUAUGAUUCUUUGUUACAAAGGAAGUCCUUGGCCGUCCGAUCUUGUUUUAUAUGCCGGGUCCUUCCAUGGCAUUACGAAGGGUUCAACCUUCGAAAUAUUUGAAUCGGAUUGGUCCUACCCGGAUUCGAAGGACCCCAGAGCAACUUUGAAGGUGGAAGAAGUAAAAAAAUCCCUCUCCCGCCUUCUGCUUACUCCUUCCGAGUCUGUCGUCUUUAACUCUAGUAACAAGCGGCAGUUCUGGUACGCUCGUUUACGGAAAGCUUCUGAACCACUUCAUACCUAUUGUGACGACUCGGCCGUCCUGGACAGGAUUUGUAAUGACAGUCCUCAAUCCAGACUCACGGCUAGUGUCAUUCGCGCCGAUAAACCAGACGAUGCGGAUAUCUACUUGACAGUGGAAGCCAACAUCGUUUCCUUUGACCAAGGGAAAAGAGUCAGUGCAAGGAGCAAGUUCUCCUCGUAUUUUCCUCGUUACCCUCCAUUAUCAGUCCAUAACAUGCCAACCAUCCGAGAAUUUAUCAAUCGCUAUGCGCAUUUCACCUCUCGCCUGAUUAUAGAAAGUCCGAUUUCCACCGCAGAUCCAGUCACCAUCGAAAUGAACAAACUACGGUGGGAUGACGAGGAGACUCGGAUGUUUAAUGACGGUGUUGUACUGAGCACAGUGGAAGAUGUCGAACUCCAAAAAGUGUUAACCGUAGACACUUCUGUGCACCAGAAUGACCGAGUUCCUUAUGGGUUCACGGUCUGUGACAACGGCGGUGGCAGCGGUCUGUAUGCCUAUCUCUUAUACUUUGAUGCCUCCACACUUUCAAUCAAGGCUUGUUAUCAACCGCAGAAGAGCCAGAUCAAAGAAGAAGGGUCCAUCGAUGCAUGUCUCACAAGCGGCUCUACACUCACUCUUGGUUAUGGACGAACCGCCAUGAAUCCAGUAGUCUUCGAUGUCCCAGAUGGCCAAGAUUCAGAUGUCUGCUUCGUCAAAAUUAUUGUAGCUACGAAAGCAGUAGACAUUGGUCCCAUCGAACAACUUGAACGUGACUCUCCCCCUGAUGAUUCCAAGUUGCGGGGUGCUCUAACUCUUCAGAUUCCCCCCCAAUCUGACUUCAAAUGGAAUUCAAAAACGAUUACCAUCAAAUCGAAUCGCAGUAAAGUGAACGGUCUGGCAGAGGUUUGUCUCAUGAACUCUAUAUAA